CUACAAAGCAUAUCAAAAUCAUUUGCAAAUAGCAUCAAUUUGAAGUUCUUCACAUCAACUCGAUCAAACAAUGGCUUCCAUCAAUUUGUCAACAAUCAUUUUUUCAUUUAUGUUUCUAGCUUUAUUGUCAACAAAUAGUAACACAAGGGUUGCCGGGGCACGAAAUCUUCUAGAGUCAAACAUACCUCAGUUUCCAAAACUUGAUUUUCCACCUCUACCAAAACCUUCUUUACCUGAAUUACCAAAGCCAGAUUUUCCCAAUGUACCUGAAUUACCAAAGCCUGAUUUUCCUAAGAUUAAUGUUCCUGAGUUGCCAAAAUCUGAUUUACCAAACGUACCUGAAAUGCCAAAGUUAGAAAUUCCUAAGGUGCCGGAAUUGCCAAAACCUGAACUACCCAAGUUUAAUGUUCCUGAAUUGCCCAAACCCGAGCUACCUAAAAUUCCCGAAUCACCUAAACUAGAGCAACCUAAGGUUCCUGAAUUGCCAAAACCUGAAAUUCCUAAAGUACCUGAAAUGCCAAAGCAUGAACUGCCUAAGUUUAAUGUUCCUGAAUUGCCAAAACCCGAACUACCUAAAAUCCCUGAAUCACCGAAGUUAGAGCAACCUAAGGUUCCUGAAUUGACAAAACCUGAAAUUCCUAAAGUACCUGAAAUGCCAAAGCCUGAACUACCUAAGUUUAAUGUUCCCGAAUUUCCGAAACCCGAGCUUCCUAAAGCCCCUGAGUUACCUAAGUCGGAGGUUCCUAAGGUUCCCGAACUUCAAAAACACGAGCUUCCUAAAGCCCCUGAGUUACAUGAACCAAGGCUAUCUAAAGUUUUCGAAUUGCCAAAACCUGAAUUGUCCAAAAUCCCUGAGUUACCUAAGCCUCAAUUACCUAAAACUCAUGAAUUGACAAAACCUGAGUUUCCUAAAGUUCCUGAAUUACCUAAACCUGAGUUGCCUAGGAUUCCCGAAAUGCCAAAAUCCAACUUCCCUAAAGUCCCCGAGUUACCUAAACUAGAGCAGCCUAAGGUUCCUGAAUUGACAAAACCCGAGAUUCCUAAAGUACCAGAGUUACCUAAGCUAGAAUUGCCUAAGGUUCCUGAAUUUCCAAAACCUGAGCUACCUAAAAUCCUAGAAACUCCAAAAGUCGUUCCAACCACCACGCCUUAAGUUGGAACUUGGAACCAUGCCUUUUAUUUCCUUGUUUGUGUUGUCUUUGUUCAUGAUUUACUAUUGUACGGUACCUAGCACAUUCUAUUUGAUGGGUGUAAUUCGAUUUUAAUUAUUUUUCAAUUUGUAAUGUAAAUGGUAUAGGCUAUAGGCCUAAAACCAUUGGGGAGUGGUUGUUAUUGUUUGGUCUGAAGCAUAUUAAGACUAUAUGUUGUUUUUAGUUUAAGCUUGUUUAAAUUGAUUGUGCUUUCGCAUAUCAAUGCUCAUAUUCUUAUGUAUAAGUAUUAUUGAAUUGAAUACGAUAGCAAUUUUUAUGCUAAA